AUGUGCACACCGACCAACAGUGCCCAGGGAAACACAGAGAGCCGAGUACCGAACAACCCUGGAAGGGAUGCUCCGAUAGUAGAGCAUCCCGUACGGGCGGGACGAAUUGUCCCGUCCGGGAAAAAGACGAAAGCUAGUCUACAUAUCGGAAGCCUCAACCUCAACGGUAGAGGUUCCCUGAACGGCCCUAGAGACCAGAAAUGGAAUGCCGUGAACCAGCUCCUCCGAGAGGAGAAACUGGGCGUCCUCUGCCUCCAAGAGACGCACCUGGAUGAAACACACAUAAAUACGAUACAGAGUCUCUAUGGGAGACGAAUCCGGAUUUGGAACUCGGGCUCAGAGUCCACGACAUCCUCCCAAGGGGUGGCAGUAGUCCUAAACCGAGAGAUAGUCGACAUUUCGAAUGUCGUCUUCAAGGAAAUAAUUCCUGGCCGGGCGGUAACCCUGACCAUGCACUGGCACGCCGAGCGAUCGAUCACGAUCCUCAAUGUAUAUGCCCCUAACUCAAUGACUGAUAAUGCAGCUUUUUGGCGUCGCCUUCUAAGCAUGGCUGAGAAAGACCGGUUCAACAAACCUGACGUCAUGACCGGAGACUUCAACCUGGUCGAGGAAGCCAUUGACAGGCUGCCAGCAAAAGAAGACUACGCACCCGCGGUCGACGCCUUAAGAGACCUCAUCAGGUACUUUGACCUAUACAAUGGGUGGAGACUAUCAGAACCGAACAAGAAAGACUACUCAUAUCCGCAACGAGGCAGCGUAUCGCGUUCUAGAAUUGACCGCAUAUGUGCGGCGGAAUCCCUAGUCCGCACCUCGCAUACAUGGGACAUCAAGACCACGGCUGUACAAACAGACCACCGGCUCAUCAGCACCAAACUCAACACCGCUAACACCCCCUUCAUAGGCAAGGGUAGAUGGUCGAUGCCUACACAUCUUAUUGAGGAUAACGAAUUCAUGGAUGAGAUGAGGACCCUAGGCAAAAGCGUGAUGAAGGAAAUGAGGACAGCCUGCAACAACGAAGCAGCCCUACACAGCUCACCCAUCCAACGGCUUCAUCGACUGUUCAAGGAGGAAGUCCGGAAACGCGCUAGAGAACACUUAAAAAAGAAAUCCCCGAGAUUGCAGACCGAACUGAAGAGACUACGCGACCAUGUUCAAGAGAUAGAAAGCCGGAACACAUACCAAUCAUCGAGCGAGCUACAAAACGACUCGGCCGUCCUCCAUAACCGAAUUUGCGACCUUGAAAAGAAGCGACACGCUCUCUCAAAGCUCACGACCACCGCAAGAUACGUCCUUAAUGCCGAGCGGGUGACGAAAUACUGGUCGGAAGUCAACCGCGAGAAGAAGCCGAGAGAUAUCAUAUACAACCUACGGAUUCCAGAAACGACCCCACCACAAUUUGUGAACAGGUCUAACAAAAUGGCGAAACUAGCAAGGGACUACCACGAGCGCGCUCAGUCUGUCGACAUACCUGGCUUCUCAGCGGACCUUCAAGCCGCGGAAAUUAGGCGGAUCCUGGCCGGGGUUAGACAGACACUAGACGGUGGGGAUCUAACCGUCCUGCAAACCGGAAUCUAUAAAGAUGAGGUCAAAAGAGCGCUCAAGAAAUCACAAUCUGGACGCGCACCGGGUGUAACGGAUAUUCCCGUUACGGUAUGUCUUACCUUAUAUGUUUGUCUUUGUUUGCUCGAGGACUCGUAUGGCGCGCCAGUGCACCUACGAGUCCUCAGCCUUUACCUCGUCACCGCCUUUGUAUGCAAUCUGUAG